CUCGGUACAGAAUGGUCCUGGAUCCAGACGCGGUUCCGGUCAUUCAGCCUGCUCGCCGGGUUCCACUUGCACUUCAGGAACCUCUGAAGAAGGAACUACAGCGAAUGACCCGGGAGGGCAUCAUCGUCAAAGAAAAUGAGCCGACCGACUGGUAUAUUCCUGGGAAGCACCUUGUUCUUGCUGACAUGUUUUCCCGGUCAACUGCUGACAACCAAGACGAGGCUGGUGCUACUACCGACGUGGAAGUUCACGCAAUCCAGCUUCUAGGUUACCGUGUCACAGAAGCAACGCAGAAAGAACUGCAAGCGGCAACGGCUCGUGACCGCUACCUACAGUCGGUGAUCGCAAGUUUGUCGGUGGGCUUCCAGUACAAGGUGAACUAA